AUGAUCACAGACGUACAGCUGGCAAUCUUUGCCAACAUGCUAGGAGUGUCUUUAUUCCUCCUAGUUGUCCUGUACCAUUAUGUUGCUGUAAACAAUCCCAAGAAACUAGAGUGAUGUAAAAUCGCAAUCUUAACAUUUAACAGUGUGAAGAUUAGGACCAAAAACAAAUUACUUGAAAGAUGCAAGCCAGCAAAGGAACAAGAUGAAGCAAGGUCCACACUGGAUUUCACCAAUACUACUUUCAAAAUAAAAUGUAUGCUUUGUACUGAGAGGGAAAAUGUGCCUUGUCAAUAAAUAUUUAUGUUGCUGCAAUUGUGAACCGCCCAUCUUUGUGAUUCCCUUAAAAUGAUAUACAAAUUAAAAUCAGAGUGAAACCUGUAUUGAUUAGGAAGAAUGGAUCAUUGCUACUCCACCUUUGGUGAAAUGUUAACAAAUUAAGCUUCAGAAAUACCAGUUGUAGAUCAAUCGGUAGUGUAACCUGUUGCUGCAGUAACUAAGCUACUUGAUAAAUUGCUUAUUGCAAGAUUAGAAUAAAUUGUCCCCAAUGUAGGUACAUUUUUAUUUCAACCCUAAGUUGGAGUAAGGUAGAAAUCAUUGAAAGCAAUUUGAGCUGGAGAAAAACAUGAUGUUCAUUUAGUUCUCUUCCAUAAAUGCAGCAUUUAAAAUUUGAAACCAGUGUUUGGCAUAGUAGAUUUAGGAAAAUUAAAAGAACAGAAGAAAUAGGAACGAUCAGUUGGUCUAGCUGUAUUUUCAUGCAAGGUUUUCAACAUGUUUCCAUGAUUCUACCUUCACAGCUUGCCAGAAUAGAAGACUCUAAGUAUCUAAGAUCCUCAGAAUUAGGUUUAAUAUCACUAGCAUAUGUCAUGAAAUGUGCUGUUUUGUGGCAGCACUGCAGUGCAUUACAUAGUUAAAAAAUCUAAAUUGCAAUAUGAAAUAUAGCAAUUAACAAGUAGUAUAUGUAGAGAGCAAAAGGGAAAAUAGUGAAGUAAUGUGUUUGGGUUCAUUGUCCAUUUAGAAACCUGAUGGCAGAGGGGAAGAAGCUGUUCCUGAAACAAUGAGUGUGUAUCUUCAGGCUCCUGUAUCACCACCUUGAUGGUGGCAAUAAGAAGAGGGCAUGUGAUGGGUGCCCUUAGUGGUGUGGCACAAUGAUGUUGCAGUUAGAACAGUGCUUUACAGUACCAAUGACCUGGGUUCAAUUCCUGCUGCUGCCUGUAAGGAGUUUAUAUUCUCUCCCCAUGAAUGUGUGGGUUUCCUCCAGGUACACUGGUUUCCUCCACAGUCCAAAGAUGUAGUGAUUGGUAGGUUAAUUGGUCAUUGUAAAUUGUCCUGUGAUUAGGCUCGGAUUAAAUCAGGGGAUUGCUGAGUGGCACAGUUUGAAGGACCAGAGGGGCUUGUUCAGUUCUGUAUCUCAAUAAAUAAAAAUAAUAAC